AAAAUAAUGUGAAAAAAAGUUCUUCGCAUAGAAAAAUUAAGAAAAUGCAGUGAAAAAGCAUAAAUAUCUUAAUUUAACUAUUUAAAUGUUAUUAUUUAAUAUUAGCUGUAUUGUGUGAAAUUGAAGUUAAGAAAGUUUUCUUUGAUAUUCGUAUAGAAAUCUUAAAGUUAAAAAAUCGGUGUUAAAAAAUAUAAAAAUGAAUGUUGCUACAUCGACACCCACUAAAAAUGCCAAUAAUAACGCUAAUAAUAAUGACACAGUAUCGAUAUCAUCUGCUAAUACACCAAUACAGUCAGCAAGCACCAAUAAAUUAGCUGGAAUUUCGGUAUGGAACGAACAUAGUCCGAAGAUUGAAAGUGCUUUAGCUGAAAAUAAGAUGGUUGUCGAUUCAAAGCUUACACGCAAAGAGUCAUAUAAAGCACAACGAAAGUCAUAUCGAAAGGAGAAGAAACGUGUCGCGAGUGAAUUACUUAAUUCAUUACAAGAUCCGGCUGUUAUUGUACUUGCUGACUGGCUGAAAGUUCGUGGAACUCUAAAAAGUUGGACAAAACUUUGGUGUGUUCUCAAGCCAGGCUUAUUGUUGCUGUAUAAAAGUCCGAAAAUUAAAAGCUCAUCAUGGGUCGGUACAGUUGUGUUGACAUCAUGCCAAGUCAUCGAACGUCCAAGUAAAAAGGAUGGAUUUUGUUUUAAACUUUUUCAUCCACUUGAUCAAUCAAUUUGGGCACCACGUGGCCCCGAGAAAGAGACUAUGGGAGCUGUCGUUCAGCCACUCCCAACUUCUUAUUUAAUCUUCCGUGCACCUUCGCAAGCAGCUGGUAAAUGCUGGAUGGAUGCUUUAGAACUUUCAUUAAGAUGCUCAGCAUUAUUAGUAAGAUCCUUUAGCACAAGUGCAACUGUUGAAGGAGAACCACUUAAUGAAAGUGCCGCAUCUGGUACGAGUUCGCAUGAAACUCAAUGGUCUGAUGCUGAUUAUGAGAAGCAUUUUAAUGAACAUGGUGGCAACUUGUCGCCACUAUUGAGAAUUUUUACGUCUCGUGCUGCAACUCCAGCAAACAUUGGGAAAGUUUUCUUUCCCCAAAGUCCCUGUCCCUCUCCCACUCCACUUUUUCAGCAGCUUUAUCAAGCCCUUGGUCAAAUUGAUCGCAUGUCACCUGAUGCAUACCUCUCAGUUGAUUAUAACACGGAGAAGAUUGUGCAGCGUAGUAGUUCAUUUACAAAUGUCAAUGAAACUGCUGUUGAAUCGGGCAGUAAUCGGCGGCAAAGCUAUCCAUUUAAUGUUUCAAAGAUGCCAACAAAAGUGGAUAUUAGGAUCAACAACAAGUUGAAGAAUUUGGAUAUUGAUGAUAACGCAAGUCAUGUUGAAGGCAGUACAACGGUUGUUAUGUCAGCUGGCGAGACUGAAAGUGAAUCUGAGAACGAGCCAAUUGAUCUGGCUGACGAAUGUCAAGAAACUGCUUACAUUCAGCAAUAUGAAGAAGAAUUCGGUGCUGCUGGAGAACAAGUAGAAGAACUAGCCGAAGAGCACAAGAGCUUAAUUUGGUUCUUAGUUAAGCAAGUUCGUCCUGGAAUGGAUCUUUCAAAAGUCGUUCUUCCAACUUUUAUACUUGAGCCCAGAUCAUUCCUCGAUAAACUUUCCGAUUCAUUCUAUCAUGCUGAUAUAAUUUCUAGAGCUGUUGUUGAAGACGAUCCAUUCAUUCGUAUGAAGCUUAUAACUCAAUGGUAUUUGUCUGGAUUUUACAAGAAGCCUAAGGGUUUGAAGAAGCCAUUUAAUCCAAUAUUAGGCGAGACAUUUAGAUGCUUUUGGCAGCACCCAAACGGAAGUCGAACUUUUUAUUUGGCUGAACAAGUUUCACAUCAUCCACCUGUUUCUGCAUUUUAUAUGACUAAUCGUCAGGAUGGAUUUUGUUUAAGUUGCUCCAUUUUGGCUAAAUCGAAAUUUUACGGCAAUUCAACUAGUGCUAUUUUAGAAGGCGUCGCUAAUUUGACGUUACUUCCUCGAGGCGAACAUUAUACAUUAAAUUCUCCAUAUGCUUAUUGCAAGGGUAUUUUAAUGGGAACUUUAACGAUGGAAUUGGGGGGGAAAGUGACAAUUGAAUGCGAAAAUACCGGAUAUAAAACGGAACUCGAAUUUAAACUUAAGCCAUUCUUGGGCGGUAACGAAUACACUAAUUUAGUAACUGGUAAAUUAAAGCUUGGCAAGCAAACAAUGGCUUCAAUUCAUGGACAUUGGGAUGGAAAAAUAAUGAUAAAGGAUGCACGAACGAACGAGGAAAGUGUUUUAUUUGCUGCUACGCCGGAUAUGAAGCAACUAAGGCUUAAACGAUUUACUGUUCAAUUAGAAACACAAGCUUCAAAUGAGAGUGAACGAUUGUGGCAACAUGUAAUAGCUGCAAUCAAGCGUGAAGAUCAAGUAGGAGCAACGGAAGAAAAGACUGCAUUAGAAGAGGCACAGCGAACGGCUGUAAAAGAACGAAAGGCGACGUGCUCCGACUGGAUUCCAAAGCAUUUUCAACAGGAUCUUGUUACUGGACAGUGGCACUAUGUUCAUGCUGACCUACGUCCAUGGGAUUUAAGAAAUGACGUGCGACAAUAUGAAAAUAAUUAUAAAAUUCAAACUAAAACGAAGCAUCAAGCUCCAAUUGUGCGAACUGCUAGUAUUGUAAGUUCUGAACCGUUGAGUAUUCUUAAAACAGAAUCGAGAAACUCGUUGGCAGCAAGACGCGCUUUAAGUUCGAUACAAAAUGCUGCUAAUAUAUCAACACCAACUGAUCAUAUUGAUGGACAUUCCGACUCGAGUGGGGAAUUGGAGAUUCGAGUGCAUCAAAAUAAGCUUUCAGAAGCUCUUGAUAAGAUAAAUCAUCGCCUAGAUGAGCAACAUACAGCUAUAGCAAACAUGCAGAAGCAAUUAUCGAAAGUCAUAAAACAGGAUACAAAUUCUCGCUCAUUUAUGAAUUUAAAUGUAGUUUCGUUAGUUAUACUUGCCAUUGGAAUAGUCUUUCAUGGAAUUUUUAUGUGGAUGUUAUCGAAAAAGCAACAUUAGAAACAUGAUUAUAAAAAUUUAUGAUAAUCUCAUGACUAUUCCUUUUUGUACUAUCAAUUCCUGAAUUUCAAAAAAAAAAACUAUUAUACUUAAAUUCUUUCCAUAAAUGGUGUGUGAGGCAAUUAUUACCUAUAUUUAAUCUUUCGCAAUAGACACAUAGAUUGAUAAUGUAUUGUUCUGGUCGAGCUCAAGAAACUAUUGAGACACCUUCGUAACUUAUUUCUUAUUGCUAAACAAAAGAAUGGAAAAAUAUAACAAUCAAACUUUUUUAUAUAAACUUGAUGAAUGGUCAAUAUAUGAACAUUUAGAUUCUUAUGCAUUAUUAUGUUGAAUAAAACUGUUGAUUAUAAAGGUGUAUAACGAAAAAAAUGAAACAAUUAUUAAAAUAUGAAAAAAUAUCUUUUUAAUUUCAA